AUGGCGUGCGCCAUUCGAGCCGUUUGCGAAAAUAAAGAAAAUUUAGCUCAAACAAAAUCUGAUUUGCGAAAAUGCUACAAUCUCAUGGACAUGGUAAAAUCGGUGCGUCCGUAUUUGAAACCAUUGUUGGCUGUGGUGGCGUUUUUGCUCGUGGUCCUCUACGCAAUUUCCGGAAGAAAUGCGGUGUGCUAUCAUUUGCCGGGCCUUGCAAUAGACUUGCAUCAGCAUAAUGACACUUCUAUGGUCAGUCAAUUUCAGGAACUGGAACGAAGGUCAAGGCAUUUAAGCACGUCGUGUUUCAAUAACGAUUUACUCAACGCAACUACAAGAGAAAAGAACGCGCGCAUGUUUUUUCAUUCUAAGGUCUACAAUGUCGCAUAUUGCAAGGUACCAAAAGUCGGGUCCACUUUUUGGACUCUUUUAUUCACAAUUCUUGACAAUGGAGUCAAUUUUGGCAAGAAGCUUUUAGAAGAGAAUCGAGAUUCUAUACACAGGAGACAGUACACGUUUUUUUCGUCAUUCGAGUACGUAAAGAGUCAACAAGACCCAACAAUUCUCCCAGCACGUGACCCAUAUUCUCGGCUUUUCUCUGCUUUCAUCGACAAAAUCUACUUGCCAGUAAGAUUAAACUAUAACUACGUCAUCUUAAGCAUUCAAAACAAAUCUGUGUGCCCGACGAAUGUGUCUUUUCAAGACUUUCUCCAAUGGAUUGUAAACGAAACGAAAGCAGGCAAAUCUUCAAAUCAACACUGGGCACCGAUUUAUACUAUUUGCGGAUCUUGCGAGAUUAACGCUCAAUACGUUGUAAAACAAGAAACAUUUGCAAAAGACAUCGACGUCGUUUUACAGAGGCUUAACGUCUCCUCCGAAAAAUACGACUUCAUCAUGAAUACGCUUGAAGGAACAAGGAUUCAGUCAUCCUUACCGGGGAUUGUAGCCCAAAUUUUUGAAGGGACUUCCGGGUCCAAUGUGAGACGUUGUAUGCCAUGGGUGGAGGUCACACGGAGGAUAUGGCACUCUUUCCAGAUACAGGGCUACAUUCGCGAGGACCGGGGUUAUCCUCAAGGCACGUUCGAUUCCAUUGGGGACAAUUUAUCUCCGUCCCUAGUAUCCGAUUUAAUUUUGGCGGAAAUAUUCAAGUAUCCUAUGCCGUCGGAAGAACGUCAAAUACAACGAGAAAAUGCGUUGAAAAGAGCGUAUGAGGGCGUCCGCAAAGAUGUGGUUGAUGCGAUCAUAGACGUCUACGCUUUGGACUUUUCAUUAUACGGUUAUUCUAACUUACCGCCAAAUGAAAGAUAA